AUGUCUGCUGAUAUACUUCACAGAAUCGACUCGCGGCUCCGCUCCAUCACCUGCAAAUAUCUGCAGCCCUUCGGAGGGUUGGACGUCAUUCUCUGUGGGGACCUGCGUCAGCUUCCCCCCGUUCGUGCAGCUGAGGUGUUCAAGCGCGUCAAAACAGACGACGUGUUUAACACAACAGAAAUCGCGUGGCACCAUCUCGCCUACUUUGCACUCAUUAAAGUGGUACGACAAAACAAUCUCAGGUUCUCCACGUUGCUUUCCAAAAUUGGAGAUGGUGUCGAAUUAGACCCCGAGGAAAUCUCACUUAUCGAGAGUCGGUUCGUUCCACAGCAGGAAGCAGAAGCUUCUUGCCCCGGUGGCAUACGCUUGUUCUACUCCAACAAGGAAUCUGAUUACUACAACACAACAAAGGCCAUAGUAGCACAGGAUAAUGCUGUACCAUGCACGGCACAGGAUACAAUCGUUGGGUGUAGGUCUAUGCAAGAGCAAACAGAGGCCAUGCGUAAGGUCGAAACGUUACCCAAGGCCGAAAUAGGAAAUUUGCCAGCAAAUAUAAUGCUGUGCAUUGGCAAGCCUUACAUGAUCACCCUCAACGUGGAUGUUUCCGAUGGCCUUGUUAAUGGAUCGGUGGGAACACUGAAAUUCAUCGAAAACGACACCCAUGGGAAACCGCUACGCAUAUGGUUGCAGUUCGGGGAGCUUGGCUCCAAACUUGCGAUCGGAACCGUAGCGGCCGCAAAAUCACACCACUUACGCAAGCUCAACAGAAACAUUCAACCGAACUGGAUACCGAUUGAAAGGCGUACCGUCACCUGCGUUAUCGAUAAGAAGACGAAGGUAUCGGUAAGAAGAUGCCAGCUUCCCGUUGUGCAGGCGAGCGCCAUUACCAUUCAUAAAUCCCAGGGUGGCACAUAUGAUGAAGUCGUGUACUCCUACGCCAAGAAUCAUCCACAGAAGUUGGUAUACGUGGCACUGAGUCGCGCUACAGACAUCAACGGACUCUACCUGACCAAUGUUGACAACGACUUCACAUUCUACCACGGAAAAGCCAAUCCGGACAGAAAGCUAGCCGAUGAAUUUCGUCGGUUGCAGUCCCACAAACUUGACACCAUCACCGCCAAGUGCCUCGCCAUGACUGAACAGCCGCACUACUUGUUGAUCUCCGCUCUUAACGUAAAGCAGCAAGGUGUUGACAAGAUAGUCGGGCAACGUGCCGAAUAUGCGCCCUGA